UCAACUUGGCCAUGCCAACGAAUGGAGCCAUAGUAUCGAGGAAGACACGUCUCUGGAGGAACUCAUACGGAGACUACAAGAUGCAGCAACAACAUUACGUCUUUCAGUCGUUCUUACUUCGGACGUUGCGACAAGAGCAGGGAAAGAAGAUCUAGCCUAUACAUGGCACAUAAUUUAA